AUGGACGAUGAAUACCACAUUGACCUCGUGAAAAGACUACAACAACUGGUUAAUGCAGAGCUUGCCAAGAUCUGCGUCGCCAGUCGGGAGCUCCAGGUCUUUCGCCGUGCGUUCGAUCGGGACGCACACCACAUGACUCUUGACAACAUCACUCUGGACGAUAUCGACAAGUACGUCCAAAGCAGACUCGAGAGCUUUCAGUGUAGCCUGAGCAAGGACGAGAAGGAGGAACUAGGACGGGAGAUUCGCAUACGUGCCGAAGGUGUUUUCCAGUGGGUUAAGCUCGUGGUCAAUCUUCUCAGGAAAGGUCUAACCCACAGCGACAACUUGAAGACUUUACGAGACAGGUUGAAUAGCUGCCCCAAGGACAUCAUGGCUCUCUACCGUCGCAUCUUUGCCGAUAUCGAAACGCUUUAUCGGCCUCACACCGCGAUGGUGUUGCUUUCUUUGCGACUCUCAGGUGAUCAGGCCAUCCCCUUGCUAUGGCUUGCUUUCCUCGAAGACUACAUUGAUGAUAACGACUUCGCUAUCAAGAUGCCCUUACGGCCGUUCAACGAGAAUGACAUGGCCGCAUGCUACGAUCUGGCGCGCCAGCGAGCCAAGAUCUGGUGCGGUGAUCUGGUAAGCGCUGAUUCGGCUAACAACGAGGAUCUUCCGUUGUUUUGCAUGACUUGGAGGGAUGGUCUCGCCACUACUGCGCUCAGCCUUGCCCACAGAACCUGCCAUGACUUCCUCGACACAGUAUAUGAUCAGUUGCGAGACUGGGCAGGCCUAGAGUUCGACGAAGGCCUUCUGGACUUGUUCAUAAUGCUUCGAUUCCUCAAGGGCGCUGUCGAUAAGCGCACAUGGAUGAACACCAUGAUCCAGAUGCUGUAG